AUGUCUUCAACACAAACAUAUGUCUCGCAAUCUGUCGACCAGGCAAUAACGCCACCAAAGACUCCGGAACCUCACGGGUAUCAAAAAGUCUUUCACAAUUGGCCUGAGCCAGAAACUGAACCUGAGGGUAUCUAUUUGCGCCGCGAGACAAAAAGUCGAGAACAGGAAAUUGAUCCAAUUUCCAAUUCGAAACUGAAUGUAUCACAUCAAGAAGUCCUGCUCUUGCAUGGUCCAAGGCAGAGAUAUAUCCAUGCGACGGAACAACCAAUACCUUCGUUAAAGGAUGGCCGCGAAAUGCUUGUUGAAGUGGAAAUCGUCGGUUUGAAUCCAAUCGACUGGAAAGCUCCGGACUUUGGCUUUGGGUUACCUUCUCUUCCCUGUAUAAGUGGCCGAGACUUUGCAGGAAAAGUGGUGAAACCACCCCAAGUAAACUCCAGAUUCAAAUCUGGAGAUACUGUCAUGGGAAUUUCCACGGAUUAUCGGGAUUCACGGAAAGCAGCGUACCAACAAUACGCAGUCGUGUCAGACUUUAAUGCUUGCAGACUUCCAAAUACCAUAAGCCCAACAGAUGCCGCACCACUUGGUGUUGCCUUCGUUGCGGCAGCCCUUGGGCUGGGUAUUUGUCUGGGAGUAAAUUUUGCCGAUCAUGAAGAGACUCAAGGCCCGGAUCUUUUCCGAGCAAUCCACUCCCUAUCUAGAGAUUCAAUCUCACAGGAUGUGAGGGCAGAAUGCUUUGAAAGUAUCCGAGAAGAUGAGAGACCUGAACCUGGGGAUUGGAUAGCCAUUUGGGGAGGGUGCUGCGCAGUUCAACUUGCGAAAUUAGCUGGGCUGAAAGUAAUUGCUAUCAUAGACGUUGCUCGAAGUGGUGAACGAAUGUUGAAACAUGGUGCAGAUCUUUUGGUGGACCGAUUUGAUACUGACAGAGCGGUAUCAAUUGUCAAAGGUAUUACCAAAGGAAAGCUACGCUUUGGACUUGAUACAAGAGGAAAGGAAAGUACUGCUUUACUUGCACAAGCCAUGCAAUCAGAAAACGGUAUAGAGGGGAAGAGGGCGCAUCUUGUUGGUUUGACAGGGUUACCUAAAGAGCCAACGCCAGGAGUUUUAUAUCAUUCCGUACCAAUCAAGACAUUCCAUGAGGCACCAAAUAUUGGUGAAGAAUUGAUGAUCUGGUUAGAAAGAUUAUUCAAGCACAACAGGAUAGCGACACCUGAAAUUGAGGUUGCACAUGGAGGAUUGCAAGGUAUAAAUGCAGCACUUGAUAGGCUUAGGGAUGGUUCUGUAAAUGGUCCAAGAAUAGUCGUACCAUUAGCAUUGAGAGCAUGA